AUGCGAUUAACCGUGUGCAAUCAAACGAACGAAUCCAACAUCGCGCAAAUAGAGAUAGAUUCGAACGCGCCUUUGGUGAAUUUGCAAGCCAUGAUUGCCAUCGAGUUGAACAUUUCCGAAGAGAAACAAAUAUUGAUGCACAACGGGAAAGUGUUAAUUGGAGACGACGAUAUUGUUGAGACGAACGCAGAGACGAGCACGAUCGCAUCUAAAGGGUUACAAAACGACGAUAUGAUUUUAGUCACGGAGAAGCAGCAAAGACAACAACAACCGAUGAUGAGUAUGGGUGGUGGAGUCGGUCAACAACCUUCAUCGCGAGGAGGCGUUCCUCAAACUCCAGAAGAGCUAGAAAAGCAGUCGAGAGAAAUGAUGGCUGAUUUGAAACGAGAAAUGGAAUAUGGGGACUCGUCGUUACCUCCAGGGCUGGUAACGAUUCUCAGAGAGGACGACGUGAAGGCGUUUACGAAAUACGUGAUGAAAGCGAACACGCGAACACAAUCGAAGAGGAAAGAAGCGGAGAUGUACGCGAGACUGGAAAGAGACCCGUUCGACGUUGAGGCGCAAAAAGAAAUAGAACGAAUUUUAAAACAAAAGCGGAACGACGAUAUGUACGAGCAAGUGAUGGAAGAUACGCCAGAGCUGAUUUGGGGAAGUGUGACUAUGUUAUAUUGCAACAUGGAGUUGAACGGACACAAAAUGAAGGUGUUCAUCGAUAGUGGAGCGCAGAUGUCCAUCAUGGGUUUAGACUGCGCGAGACAGUGUAACUUAGAAAAGGAUAUUGACGAACGCUUUAAAGGUACCGCGGUAGGCGUGGGGACGCAGAAAAUCGUCGGAAGAGUGCUUCAAGCGCAAAUUAAGGUCGGCAGUACGUUUUUAGCGUGUUCUCUUUCCGUGUUAGAGGGACAAAAGAUGGAGUUUAUUUUUGGGUUGGACAUGUUAAAGAGACAUCAGUGCGUGAUUGAUUUGAAGAAGAACGUCCUGAAGAUUGGCACAACUGGUGAGGAGAUUCCGUUUUUAGGCGAAGGGGACAUUCCGAAGCAACAUGAAGAUCAAGAAAACCUGAAACAACAAGACGCGAUGAUGAACGCCACCGACGAGAACAAGAAUAAGAACGACACCACGAAAGUUGUAGCACCACCACUAGAUGACGUCGCCGCUGAAGUGAGCGGAGUGCACGAACGACCGUCGCGUCCGGCAACGACAGAAAUUUCCGGCGUCGUCUCUCCCCCAAUCGCCGGCGGUGGUUUAGGAGGAGCUGGAGGAGAAGGAGGAGGAGGAAGAAGCGCCUUUCCGGAAGCCGUGGUCGCCAAUUUAAUGCAGCUUGGAUUCUCUCGCGAACGAGUCGUCCAGGCUUUAGAAGCGACCGGGGGGAACGCGGAAACCGCUGCCAGCUUAUUGUUUAGCGAUUAA